CAAUGCUCAGCGCUCUCUCUCUCUCCCUCUCUGCCUCUCUGCCUACCAGCCUGUCUCCAGUCAGAAUUAGAGGGGCUUUUUUCUAAAUGCAUGCCGUUCUGAGGGGACGAACAGGAACAUGAAUAUUGUGAUCUCAUCUGAAGAAAAUGAAGCAAAAAGCAUGUAGACGGUAAGGGUCAUCACAGAUAGCCAACUCCUAUCUGCCUCCCCAGGCCACACUUAGAGCUUUCACUGUUGCUUUGUGGUUAGAGUUCAAACUUGGCGUCAACAUCCAGCAGACCAGCAGCAGCCGAGGCGACUAUACAUACAUGAGAGCCGAGCCACAGAGAAAAUUAUGAAAAAGAUAUACAUUGGCAAAACUGCCCUCAAAACACAGAGAAAUGGUUGCAAACAUCAGAAAAGAAGCUCUUUCCACGACCACAAGGAUGACCUCCGCAAGCGCCUGUCGUACACCACCCACAAACUAGAUAUGGUGGAGACGGAGUUCGAUUCCACUCGGCAGUACCUGGAGACGGAGCUGCGCCGCGCCCAGGAGGAACUGGAGAAGUUUACGGAGAAACUCCGCAGGAUCCAGAGCAGCUAUGCAGCUCUUCAGAGGAUCAACCAGGAUUUGGAGGACAAGAUGCACAGGACAUCCCAGCACCAUGAAGAGGAGAAGAGAGCCCUCGGCCGGGAAAUCAUUGUCCUCAACAACCACCUCAUGGAUGCGAAGAUCACAAUAAAUAAACUCACAGAGGACAACGACGUCUACAGAAAAGACUGCAACCUGGCCGCCGAGCUGCUGCAGUGCUCCAAACCUCACUACAGAGCGCACAAGCUGUCUGAGCUGCCAUUGGAUUUCCAAGAACGCAUCAGCUCCCACAUGGAGAAACACAAGUGGGGUGGCGAAGCCACCGUCGCGAUGUCCCACUCCAAUUACUCGGACGCCGUCCCCACAACCGUAAUUGCCAAAGUCCUGGCAAAGCAUGAACCUGGAAGCAGUUGUCCUGCAACACGCUCACCCAGUCCGCAGCCACGGGACAGGCUCUAUCACCCAGCGACAGGAAGCACCGACCAACUGAACCGUCGCAUCGCCUCCAAAACGUCUGACCUGUACUGCAGCGACACGGCCCUCUACUGUCCUGAACGAUGGCAAGAUACGGAGCGCAGGCAGAGCGUCGACCUCCACGACACCGCUCUGCUGCAGCUACACUCGCAGAACUCCACCGACAGCAACCCAGACGAAGAUGCCUACCGAUCUGGAAGCUUCUCCCACCAUGAGCCUCCAUCAUCGUCUUUCCACCAUCGCGAUGACUUUGCCACGGGUAGCCUCCCCCCCUCUAGUUCCUACUCCAGCUUCAGCCUCGCGUCGGAUGAGAAGGGAGGAGGUGGCGGUUGUGGGCGCACUGCCAUUGGCACCUUAUCGUCUUCCCACCAGGGCCUCUAUAUGGACUGGCGAGACGGGGGAGGUGCGGACUACGAUCGCAAAAGCACGUCCUCUUACGAUAAAUGUAGUCCAGGCUUCCCAAAGUCUCUCAGCGUACAGCACAUUGUGACGCCCAGGAGCCCACAGAAGGCCCAUUCGCCAGCGUACAAAAGGACUGCGUCCUGCUUCAGCGAGCCGUACCAUUCCAGCACCUCCCACCUGGAAUCCUCUCACGCCGCGGGGUCCACAGUUGGACUGGGCCGGGCUCGCGGAGGACCUCUGGACAGGCGAGGUGACGUCCAGGUCCCCGAGGAGGACGACCUAAGCAACCGCUGGAGACAGCUCAGUGUAGAGGACAUCAACGCCUUCUCGUCUUCCUACCGGGACGUCGCGGGGCGGGUCUCUCCGUACAGUUUCUCAGAACGCCACUACGCCAUCGGCCCUUCCAGUAAGGACAAGGGGCCUCUCUACAGCAGCUUUCAAGAAGGAGACGACGUCUUCCGCCGUGGGCCGGACCACUGUUUUGCCGCGGGCCCCCCGUCGCCCAGCCGCUGUCACAAACCAACGGAGCAUCGAAAGCCGGAGAAAACGUCGGUGCUGUACAGAGCCAAGGACGACAGCCAGGACUCCGAGUGCAGUUUGUUUCUCUCGGAUAGUUCUAAAGAGAAGGAGACCGGUGGGGGCGCGGCAGGCGGUGGCCAAAGGGACUACGUGAGCCGGAGUGCAGACAGCUCCGCUGAGUCCUUACACCAAAGCUCCCUGGAGGCUUCAAGCCUUCAACACUACCCCAGCCCCAGGCCGAGCGUCCGGCCUCGCCCGAGCUCCAGCUCCGCGCUCAGCGUCGGCCCCGCGCUCCCAAAGAAGUCCUCUCCGAGAUACCAAAAGUUCGGUAGCGCGGGAUUGACGAGAAAAGACAGUUUGACCAAGGCCCAGCUCUAUGGCACGCUGCUGAACUGACCAGAGAGAGAGAGAGACCUUUUCAUUUUAUGCAUGAUGACGAUGACAAACUUACUGUACUGUAUGUAUCAAAAGAUCAAUGCACCAAACACAUACGUGACGUGCUGUGACUGGGUAUUAAGACGUUGAUGUUUUAUGUAUAUUUCAGCCAAGGCACGUUUCACGCAGUCCGCAAGACUUUUUCUAUUUUGUCAGGAGACUGCGUAGCUACCGGAGACCAGCUAUUCACUAUGGUGUUGUUUGAUGAUUAUUACAGCCGGUGGGACUAGAGGAGGAGCUACAAUAUAGGCCGAGAAAAAUGAAAAUAUUGUGCAAUUUGCUCUCUUUUUUAAAGUACUGUUAUUAAAACCAGCAAAACACCAUCAAUUCUGCUCUAGUAUACAGAGUUCAGAUAAAGGACUGGAGCGUGUGAAUUGGGGGGACAUUUUGGGGAUUAUGUUUAGUGGACUGCGAACUGUUAAAAAUAUAUAUUCAUUCCGUUUUGUCUUGAACAAUAUGCAUGCUGUAUAAUUCUGAAAUAAGAUGGAAAAACUAAUGUCCAGCUGAAUUAGUUAUCAUUGCGACAUCUCUUUUUUUUUGCCACAAACUAAAAAGGAUGUUUUAUUGUUUUAUGUGAAAGCUAAGUAAUAUUUAUAGCAAUACACUUACUUUAAAUGGAUGUUGGAGUUCCUCCUUGUCUCACUUGUUUAUUGGAAAUUUAAAAUCCCUAUAUAUAAAAUUACAACACAAUGCCAGGUAACCAAAAAAAAAUAAAAAACGUAGACACAGUAGAAAUUGUUAAAUAGAACUGCAGGAUUUUUUGCUGGAGUUUCUUAUUUUUGUAUCAAAAUGAAGCUGCACCCUCAUACGAAGACACUUGUGAAAUCGCCUUAAUCCUGUUUGGUGGACAGACUGGUCUCCUUUACAACAACUGCACACAUACUGUACGUUCUUGUUCGUCUACCCUACUGUUACAGCAUAGGUUCUUCCUGUCGGACAAAACAGUCACAAGGUCAGUUUGUUGGAAGAGGAUUAAGUCCGUUCUGAGACAGGGAUCUUUUUUCAGUCUUUUUCCAUUGAAAUGUGUUUUUAGGGAAAGACAAAGGGAAGCUUUAUCCCUGUCUGAUAAUCUGGCCCACGCAAACCCACACAAACUCUUGAAAACUGAUAAGAGACCAAAACGAGCGAGUGCUGGAUCUUCUCCAGGAGAAGAUUAAUCGGAACACAAUCGGACAAAGUGUAACUGCUGCAGUUCUGUGCUAAGACAAAAAAUGCACAACACUUUUUUGUUAUCAAACCAGCAUGCUAAAUGUGUCUAUUUGAAAGGAAACACUGUGAAAAUAAGUGUGUGUGUGUUCAUGCGACCACAGAAAGUGGCAAAGACACGAUGUCCCGUUAUAAUAAGCCUUACGUUAAAGACAGAAUUGCAGAGAGUUUUUGUUGCUGCCCAACAACCAGGCGACCAUCUGCUCCAGUGGGUAGUUUAGAGGGACAAAAAGACAACGUUGGGACGUCGGUGCGCCCUUUGGCAUCACGGUGUCUUCGAAAGAUUUCCUCCUGCCUGCGUAGCUCCAUAGAUCUGGGAGGAGUGGGGAAUGGGAUAAGCUACUGUUUCUGGAAGGCCAUGCCUCUACCUCUACCAUUCCUGCAGAUUUGGAAACUGGCUUAAGGCUCAAAAAGCUUCUUUUUUUUUGACCAGGCAGGUUAUGUAGGUGAAAGCCCACCACAAAAUUCUUCAAUAGUCUUACUUCAUACAAUGUAUAGCUAUCCAAAAAAACAUUGAAUAGUUUUGGAGUUAUAUUUAAAUACAUGUAGAGGGUUGAGAAGAUAUAUGGUUAUUUUUUGUUGUGGACAUAAUGUAUAAAAAGAUAAAUAGUUCCACAGUUGUUUUUACAUUAUGACUAUUUUUUAUCCAGUUUUAGUUUUAUUUAUUGAAUGUUUUGAGCCAGAGUGAGGGGGCUGAAGCGGUUCUGUCCUGUUCUACCUCCAGCCCUGUUCCAGGAACAACAGGCCAGCUGACUAAAUGUCAAAAUGCCUGUCCGUCCAAUGCAUGGUUAUAUAUUUUUGAUGUAUGUUUAUUUACUUAAUAAAGAUGAGUGUUGGGAAAUA